GUGUGAUUUGCCUUUGAAGCCAGAGAAGAAGAAGAAGAAUAUUUCCGUAUUUCCUCGUGGUGAACGUAGGAUAGACUAACGUUACUGUACUGUUGUGUCCGUUUAUUAUUAUAGUUAUGGGUAAACUCAAGAAAUCUCGUAAUCGUAACACAUUUAAUUACAAUACGAAUAAAAAGAAGCUUAAGAAGCAGUUCCAGAGAAAGUAUAAACCGAAAAUUGAAUGUGCUCAGAUCCGUAAGGCUUGGGAUGACCAGAAAACACCUAAGCAAAAUCUUCAAGACAUGGGGCUGUUAAUUGGGAAAAAGGGGAUCCUUCCCAUUAAAAACAAACAGCAUAACAUUGAAGAAGAAGACGAACCAAUGGAGGCAAAUGUACCAUUGAAACCCUAUGUAAUUAAAGAAAUGGAAGCUGAGGCCAGUCAACGGGGAAAUAGCCGAGCAACGUGCUCCACAGAUAUGAUUGAAUAUGUACAGCAUAUGGUGAGGGAACACAAUGAGAAUUACAAGGCAAUGGCAAGAGAUGAGAAGAACUACUAUCAGGACACACCAAAACAGAUCAAACGAAAAGUGGAGUUUUACAAGCGGUGUCAUCCUGAGGAAUAUGCUGCAUUUAUUGCAUCGCUGAAGACACAGAAGUCUGCGUGAUGUUUCAUAAACUGUUUUAUAAGGACUUAUUAACUUUUCAAGUGGACAGCCAGAACAUGUAUAUGUUUGGUGUUGCGAAGAGUGUAAACAUUUAUUGUGAUUACGCACUGUUGCGUAAUCAGUAACAUGUUAACAUUCGAGUUCUGUAUUUUCAUCUUGUAAACGUGAAUGUUCCUGAUGUGUAUAAGGAAUUUAAAGAUUGUGUUGACGUAAAAAUGCACACAUUUAGACUCAAGAAGUAAAUUUUAUGCAAUAACCGACCAUUUGAUAUAAUGCAAUUUAAAAAGUGAACUUUUCAUGAAUAGGGCACUUUGGUGUCCCAUGAUGUUUAAUAAAAAAGCAUCAGAGGCAAAAAUCUGA